UGUGCAUUUCUACAAAGACCUCAUGUUCUGCUCAACCAAUCAGAAGUGGCUGCUGGAGUGACAUGUGAUAGGAUGAAUUUUUACGUGCUGUGGUCGCUACGUGACGCUCCUCGACAGUUCAGCAGGAAAUCGAACCGCCGGUGCUUCCAGGUGCACAUCCCGCUGCCGCUCCCCAAACAGCUGGUCAUCUUCGGCUUUGGCGAGUGGAAGUGCGACAUAGUGACCGUGGAGGUCGUGGUCAGCGCUGACGUCACGGCCCAGAGGAUCGGCACGCUCUCCAGUCAAGUCAGGUGUCUGACCUGGGAGGGCGAGUGGAGUGAUGACGUCAUGACAGUGGCUGCAGAGAGGGGCAGGAGAGGAGUUUAUGGGAAGAUUGUGCUCACUAUGUGCGGAGAGGAUAACACCAGCAGCAUCUUCAGCAGUACUCCCCUGGCCCGUGGGAAACGUCGGCUCUUUCCAGAACAGAACAUGACUGAUCUGUCCUGUACUUUACACCAAAACGCUGGAACUGAGAGGAUAACUCCCAGUUUAUCUGGUGAAGUUUGCAGUGAGGUACAACAUGACACCCAUAAUUCCAAGAUGGAAUCCACACUGACAGUUUGGCCGACGACGCAGGUGCAGGCCAUUACGAGUCAGAGUUACGCCCUGACAUGGAGCUCCGAGGAGGCUGACAGUCCCACAGCCCACAUGGACAAACCUCCAAGCCCCAAGAAAAAGGUGACAUCCAGGAGAAACAUCCAGGAGGAAAUGGACUACAGAGAAGUCCGUCCGUCGAAGCGUUGGCACCAUGCGAUGUGCCUGAGUGAUGCUGAUGAGGCCGUUCUCAUUGGAGGAGAAACAUCUGAGGAGAACUGCUGCAAGGACUCUGUGUGGAAGCUUCAUGUCGAUGAGAACUUGUGGUUUCCCAUGAACUCAUCUACUUCUGGGCCUGUACCACCAUCUGCACAAGGGCACUCUGCGACCUAUGACCCAGACUCUAAGGCUGUCUACGUUUAUGGUGGCCUGAGGGAGUUCCAGCGCUUCAGUCAGCUCUAUGUUCUCGACACUCUGACAUGGAAAUGGAAGCGUGUCACUGCACGAGGGAAUGUUCCGGCUCUAGCAUAUCACUCUGCAGUCUUUUAUAAAGGGGAGCUUUUUGUCUUCGGUGGGAUUCAGCUAAGCCUGUUGUCUGGGGAUAAAGCCUGCAGUAACGCUCUGUACAUCUUCAACCCUGAGUUUGAACUCUGGUACCAGCCCAUUGUUGAGGGAGAGAAACCCUUGCCACGGUUUGGGCACUCGGCCACCCUAAUUUCAGAUAAGUUGAUUAUAUUUGGUGGCCAGAAGACUGCAACCUAUUUAAAUGAUCUUCAUCUCCUAGAUCUGGGAUUCAUGGAGUACACAGCUGUCAAGUGUGGCAACAUGCCACCUCUGCCUCGGGGGUUUCAUGCAGCGCUCCCAGUUUCAGACAACACAAUAUUGGUGAGUGGAGGCUGCAGCACCGUUGGAGUCCUGCAGGAUGUACACAUCUUCAACACAGACACCAAUAUGUGGAGUUCAGUGGCAUCUCCUCUGCUUUCCUCUCGUCCACGAGCGGGACACAGUAUGAUCAGUUUGGGCUGCACCAGCUUUGCAAACACUGAAAAGCAAAAGCAGGGUGACCGAGUCACUAUCAAGUGCAGAUUGCUGGUGUUUGGUGGGUCAGACUGCUCUGGUAGCUUCUACGACGAUACGGUGACGUGCACAGUGGAGAUAUCUGGUGAAACGUAGAAGUCUUCAGGAAACUACCGGAUUCUUGUGGG